AUGGCGGAGAAUUUAAACACGAUUGACCGCGAUGGACUAUCUGCUCUUCAUCGAGCUGUUCGUGUUAAUAAUAUCCAGGAUGUCAAAAAUAUGCUGGAUUAUGGGGCGGAUGUUAACUUGAAGGACAAAGAUGGUUUCACGCCAAUUCAUACUGCUGUAAGGUAUCUGCGAUUAAUUAAUUAAUGUAUGGAGCAAAUAAUAGAACAAAUACAUUUCAUAUAUAUGUACGAGCUGGGUUGUACCCUUGUCAUCUAGCAUACUAAGGCGCAUAGUGCUUAUGUGCGUACUUAAAAGAUGGAGAUUGAUAAAAAUAAAUAAAUAAUUAAAAUAAAAAGGGGGAGCAAGAACAACUGAAAAAAGAAACAUUCUCUUAUCUAUCUCCCCUUUAACUGCUUUAAGAAAAAGUGUUUUCCUUCACUUUUUCAUACUGCCCUUCGACAAAGAAAGAUAAUUGAUUGACCUCACCCGACCGAUAAAGAAGAAAAUUUUUUAAAAUCCCUCGCAAGGUAAACGAUUAAGGAAACGCCGCGGGUAGGUUGGCUUAGCAAAACUGUGAGUUCUGCGUGACUUCCUAGAUGCCCCCUUGGCAAUCACCUAGAUACUUAUUUCAUCGUUGUCGCUCUCUGCGUUUGUGCCUUUCUGCUCUCCUCUUAGUUACGUGGGAGUAAAACUGUGUCUCCAAACUAAGGGCUGUUCAUGUGAAUAACUUUGUCUUUCCAUCAGGAAUGGGUUUUGUUUCAGAAUGGCCCUAUUUUUGGAAUCCGUUUUUAUCCUGGUCAAAAAAAAAAAUACACUGUCUUCCUUGGUUCCAAUUUUUUUAGAAUUUUAAAAAUAUCCCAAAAACGUGACACAACUCCUUUAAGAACUACCGAAACGAGCAUUGGACUCAAAAAUUGAAACUGUUUUUAGCCAAAUAUAAACAGAAACACCAGCCUUUGCAGUGUGCCUUGUCUACUUUUUCGCACUCUUCAGUUUGAUUUAUAUUUUUGCUGCCUACUGCUGUUACAGACUAGGUGGGGAAAAUAUUCAGAAAUUUCAUUUGAUUCUCAUCGUAACUUUCGCAAAUAUUUGAUUUAUUUAAGGUUCGAAAGAACAGAGAUGAUCAAGCUUCUGCUUGAAAGGGGAGCGGACCCACUUAUAGCGACCGAAAUUCAAACGUCACCACUGGAUUCAGCUGUACGUACCAGCCUCGUGGAGAUAUGCGUUCUUCUUCUUGAAGACCAAAGGGUGAAAAAUUACCUAAACCAAGGAAAUUUAAAGCCCUUGCUUCUAGCCUGUUAUGAGGGAAGGCGAAAAGUUUGUGAGUUGCUUUUAAGGUAUGGAGCCGAUUUCACCCGCACGGUAUUUGGGGGAAGCACUCCUCUGCAAAUUGCAGCUUUUCAGGGACAUGAAGACGUGUGUGAACUAUUCAUUGAAACAGGUAAUAUAACCUAUGAAAAAAUGAAAAUUAGUAACGGUUAAAAAGAUGGGUUAAGAAUAACCUGGGGAUAGUGAAAUUUUUGGUCAGUUAAAAGUUUUAAUGAGUAUGACUUAUGAUUGGCUGCUCUAGACUGAAAUAGCCUAAAAAUUAUCCGAGAAAAAAACGCUUUUGAGUUGGUGCUAAUCCUCCUUCGAACAACUGAGCUCCGGUGAAUAAAUGGGAAAUAUGAUAUAUUUGUGCUUAUAUUUGCCCAACAAUCAAGCGGGCCCCAUCCUUAGGAAACUGUUAAUUUAAUUGCCAUUUUUCCAUUUUCAGGCUUAAAUUUACAGCACUUUUCGCACUUCCUUUUUCUGUUCAUUGAUCAUUUUCACCGAGACCAUAAUGAACCAUGUUUACCCCCCAAAAUUUUACGUAACCACCGUUGCAAGGUAUGUCGACUUCCUAAGAGAAAUCCCAGACAAUAUUUCAUAUGCAAAAUUGGUUGUGGUGGUUAGGGGAGGGGAAGUAAGCCAGGCGCAUUUUGGUCUCUGUGAAAAAGGUCGAUACAUAUAUCCACUUAUCAUGUUAAUUUCUUAGCUUUUGAUAAUGAUGACAUGAAACCAAGCGCCUUAAAUUUUUUUGUUCAAACAGCAUCCAAAAAGCUGCAAGACCUUGGUGGAUUUGUGAAUUCAAAAAACGCAGAAGGCAACACUCCUCUUCACUACGCCUGCAUCGGAGGCCACCUGGGAGUGGGAGAACUUUUACUACGACACGGCGCGGAUCGUAACGCUGUUAAUUUUACAGCAUCUGCUUCACCGCUCCAUUUGGCGGCAAAACACGGCCACUUGUCAAUGGUAGAGCUACUUAUACUGUAUAAUGCAGUUACUGACAACAGAGAUGGCAAUCUAAGGACACCGCUACAUAGGUAUAGUGGGUUGGGAUUUAUUUUCAGUGUUAUUGCGGAAAUGAGAGUUUUAAAUUAUUCUCAAAAGUAGUUAAGAAAAGCGUCUUUUGAUAGGAGUAAUGCUUAUGUAAACGUAUGGAAGAAUGUCCAACCAUUGUAUUACUAACUUUAUUAUUUCUAUUAUUUCUAUUAUUAUUAUUAUUUUAUCAUUAAAUUGAUUCAAUAUGUAGAUUAGACAUUGAUCAAAGCGAAGCUCCCAUAAAGACACUCAAUAAAUUUCAAACAAUUAACUUAAAGACAUUGCAAAGAAAUCCAUACUUAAAUUUUACACGAAAUUCAGCCAAAUUAGGAAGUUACAAAGUGCCCGUUAAAUUAAGAGAACAUAAAAAUAAUCACUUAAAACUUUAAAAGAAGGUUAAAAUAACAUAACAGAAACAACAGAUGCCACAGAUGGUCAAAACUGUAGAAGAUUAAAACGGAUUGAAAUGAGGGUUUUUGAAAACUGUUCAGCCUAGCAGUUUUUCAACGUUGAUCCCUGCUGCUUGCAACUUCAAAAAUAAUGCUCAGGAGACAUAUUUGUUUGUCUGGGAUCUCUGAUUUUGUCAUUUACAUGUAAUUUCUUUGCUUACUUUAAGUUCCAUAGCGAUUGAGGGCGAGUGAUUGGCAAAAUUAAACAAAAUGAAGUGGGCUGCCGUGACACAGCCCCUUUAAGAUGCACCAUUUCCCUUUUGUAAGAAGAGCUCGGUGAGUUUGGGAAAAAAUAUCCACAAGUAGACCUGGAACGUGCAAAAUCUUGCAUCGAGUUAAGAGUCUUAUAUUUACACCCUGGACUCCCAUCGCCUGCUUCCUACGCACAGGCGCCCACACUAGCUACAUUGGCCUUCCUGUGAUGCGGAUGGAUGGGCGGACGCCUGAGCUUACUACCAAAGUUUUCUUGGCUGAAUAUAUAGGCUUAUAUGGAAAACCAUAUUUCCAUACUUUUGGGGUUACGUAGCUAACGGGUAUCAUUUUUACAAUAACCAUAUUCAAAUUUUUAGAUGCAAAUUUACUCGAAUAAGAAUUUUUUUUUAUCAGUGGAUAACACACAGGCGUCCAACAGCAGGCUUUUAACUCUUAUUUCAUUUCUAGCGCAGCAGAGUUUAAUCACAGUCAAAUAGUAAAGUUUUUGAUCGAGUGCGGAGCUGAUUUAGAAGCGAAGGACAUUUUGGAGAUGACACCUUUUCUAAUGGCUGUGACGCGUGGAGCCGUGGAAUCUGCCAAGAUGUUGGUAGACCAUGGAGCGGACAUUUUUGCAACUGACUCUUCAUUAAAUAGUGCUGUUCAUUUGGCUAUUACGUACAAAAAACCUGAAAUGUUGAAAUUAUUGAUAGAAGUGGACAAAGAUCGAGUUUUAGUUGAAAUGAAGGACAAAGACAAGAGGAAUGUGCUUCACCUUGCCUGUGGACAGGACAAUUCUGAGGUAUUCUUCUGUUAUUGUUUCGUUAACUUUGUCAUCAAUUUAUUUAUGGUAUAUUAAUUUGGACGAGAGAAUAGGCAAAACUGUUUUCUUUAGGUUAUCAUUUCACCUUUUAGAAACUAAGGUUAAGGGUGCCACAAGUGAAGAAAAAUGUUGAAAAUUACUUGUACCAUAGAAUAUUACACAUUAAUCUCCAUAAUUUACAGUCAUUGCCCUGGUCCAGAACAUGAGGUAUGGAACCGUUAGGUAACUAUUAUCGAAGCGUUUCUCCUCCCUUGUUUUUGCUAUUGGUAACGCGGCACUUGAAUUAAAUAGGCCACUUCCGAGUUCCAAAAACCCUAACUUCUUGUGAAAAUGAGUUUUAUUUGCACGAGAAUGAAAAAUGAUUUCCAUAUCAAAGGCUGAGCACCUACCCUCGUUUUGAAACAGAGGCCAGGGGGAAAUCGGAAAUGGCCUAAUCCUCCCUCUCUGUUAAGCCCCCUCCCUCUCUAAAACGUGCUUGAAAUAAAUAAGUCACCAGGGUAGAGGAUUACGGUAUUUAUUUUGCAUUGGGCACGAACCUCAUCAAAAAUAAUAAAACAAAAACAGGUUUUUUUACGCGUUUUUUUUUAAUUGUAUACUUCUCGGUCUCGUAUUUUCUUUUUUAAGAUGUUGACAAUUCUUCUGGAAAAUAAAGUGUAUGUAAGAGGGCGUGACAUGCAGGAGAAGAUACCCAUUCACAUCGCAGCUGAGAAUGGUUCACUAGAUUGUGUGGUGACGCUCGCCAAAUACCCAUUAUUUGCAAGUUAUGUAGAUCAAAGGGAAGCUCGUGGAAUGACAGCUCUUCAUUUCGCCGCCAACAAUAAACACGCGUAAGUUAUGAAGAAACAAAUACCCCAAAUCUUUGCAAUAAUUUGCGUUUUUCCUGCUUAUGCUCUCUGGGGUACAGGGAAGACACUGAGCGCAGAGGAGGGGGGAACUUUGGAGUUAGCAUGUGUAACCUAACUUGGUGUGAUUUGUAACUAGUUGGCAAAUCCAUACAUCCGGCAGGAGACUGCGUGUAUACUGUUUACAAACAUUGUUUUUCUUAUUUGAAUUUGUAACGAAUGAAACAAAAUAAUCUUUUGUUACAAAAAUUCUAUGGGCUUCUGGCUCUUGAGCUUGUUAUGGUUUGGUUUCCCCAUGAAGGUCUCAGGGCAGGUGUCAGGGAGACUGGUUAAUUCUGAUUCAAAGGUGCUUUCAAACAAAAAAACUCAUAUAAUCCCGUACUUAACCCCGGAGGUUUUCCCGGACGUUUCUAAGACGCCUUAGGGAUAACGUAACUGGUCUCUCCCCCUCCCCCCUUGGGAUCUCACCCACAAACUGUCAUUUUCUCUUAUAUUUUCCCUUUGGGCAAGAGAUUCCAGCAAAACUGAUUUUUUAGCCAGCAAUACCCCAUCCCUGCCUAUGAAAGAAGUAACGGCCGAACUGUACCUUAAGCCUUGGCUCAUGAACAUAUUUUUAAUCUUUUUAAUGCUGUUUUUCCUGUUGAAAAUUUUGAUUUCAGAAAGACGUGUGAAUUCCUGAUUUCAAAGGGUGCAGAUGUCUCAGCUAAAUGCAUGAACAAUGUGACGCCCCUUCACUUGGCUGUGACGGUGGGAUCCUUAGAGACAGUAGUUGUUUUAAUGAAUCCCUUUUUGCCGAGUACACUGGAAGAGAAGGACAGUGAUGGAAACAGUCCUCUUCAUCUGGCAUGCAGAUACAACCGCCUUGAUGUGCUGCAGUUUCUUUUAGACAGAGGUGCUGACGUCACAGCCAGAAAUGAGAGAAAUAUGACCUGUAUAGAUGUAGCGAUCGAGUGGGAAGCCGAGCAAGUAGCAAAGACACUUGUGAAACAUGAAAGGUACGUUUUAAGAGAACUCUGUUAGAGACAUCUCUCAUAUCCAACCCCAGUGGGGAAGGGGGUAUUCCGGAUUUCAAGUGACGGGGAUGAUCGAAGGGGGCGAAAAUCAAAACCCAAAAAAAUCCGUAGGGCUUCAAACAAAACCCCAAAAUAUCCCUGGACCAAAAAUUAACCCCCAAACAUCCCAUGCCGAGUUUCCGAGCCUUAAAAACCGCAGCCGCAGAACUACGCGCCCGGGAUAUGCAGGUACUACCAAGAAUCUUCGUGUUCGUAUUAAGCGGGUGUCCGUAAAGACAGGUUUGACUGUAUUGGAUAAUUCUCUGUUAAACGCACUUACAGGAUACUUUCCUAAAAUAUUUCAGCUAAUCAUUUAACAUAUAUAUGUUUAUUAGCCAUAAUCAAACCGAGGGGACUGCGUUCGGCCACCAAGCGGUUCUCAGUAUCUGCAAGCUUUAGUCAUUCAUUGAUGCUGAAACGAAAAGUACCAAACUUUCUUGCUGUAAAUGCUUAAAGAAUCAUAUCAAUUUUAACUGUCUUGACCACCCGCCGCCGCCCCACGGCCCGUUUUUUAAAGCUAAAUCCAAAAGGAAAGAGCAAAGAUGACAUCUCUUUGAUUCAUGGCCUACUUCGCAUGUUUUCAAGAAAAAGAAACUUUUUUGCCAUAUCUGGAAAAGAUAUAUAAAAGCUCCAAGUUUCGUUAAGGACGUAGGAUGAGAUCACGCCGCCAGUUUAUAAGUAAAUUAUAACCUGGGUUUUUGGUUUUACUCAGUCCAUUAGGGAAAAGUUGCUAGAAUGAUGCAGGUUUAUUCUUCUUGUCUACUUCUGCAAUUUUCUUUUAGUCUUCAGGUUUUGCCCCAUUUUCGGCCUAUCGUGAUCAGAUCUUAUUGAAAAAAAGAUUUGGUACUACAUAGUAUGCUUGUUUUCAAGCUGACAGCCCAUGCCCCGUACAAUGACAAAUACAAAAGAAAUUAAUGUUUAAUGAGUGUUUGGACAUCAGAUGAAAAACUUGUCAUUUUUGCAUCCUUGAUUGAUCCUUCUAAAAUCAUUUUGUUUGAGAAGUAAUAUCAACUAUUCGACACAGUGUUUCAUCACCAGAUCAAUCACCUCAAAGUUCGUCAGAAAUACUCCGCUGCGCGUUGUAUUUUCAACUCUCCUCUCAACAGAUGAAACACCGAGUCUUCAUGCCUGAUAUAUUACUUAUAGCAUUGACCACACUUUCAUUAGAAGUUUCAGUAGUGGUAAAACUAAUAUGAAAUUUUCUCAUUCUAGGUGGGAGGAGGUACUCGAAGGUUCUGCAUUUAAGAAGUUAAUAGAAAAGCUCCCAGAUGUUGCAGAAAUUGUUCUUGAUCAAUGUGUCACCUACAGUCCUUUGCCCCCAUCGCACGAGGACUUUGCUGUCAAGUUCAACAUGAGAUACAUUGAUCCGUACACAUAUUGUUAUAAAUAUACUGACUUUCCCCCUGCAAUCAUGGCCAAACAUAAGCGAGAAAGACUGUUGAAUCAUCUUGUUACACAAGUGUUACUUCGUGUGAAGUGGAUGAAACUUGGAAAGUUUGUUACUAUUUUUAAUCUUAUUUUUUUCGCCGUUUUUGUCAUUCUCUACUCUAUUUUCAUUUUAAACGCAAGAUCUAGAAGUACAUUGCUGUCCGGGAAAAAGGCUGAAGAACUAAAUCAAACAUCAGAGCUAGGAAUAGCAACUCCUAUCGUACUUCUUGUUUUGCUGCUUUCCCAAUUUAUAAAGGAAACGAUUCAACUUACUUUGAUGCGAUUGGCCUACUUCCUGGACCUCUCAAACUGGAUGGAGACGGUAAUGUUUGUAUUGGCGUUGAUUUUUAUCCUUCCAUUCAUAUUUGGUGAGAAUGUCAAAGCUGUAUACAGUGAUGUACAGUGGAAUUCAGGGAUUGUUGCUCUGCUGCUAUGCUACGUCAAUUUGACAUUAGCUAUCCGUCGAUUCGGCGAACUUGGUUUAUACGUGACAAUGUACAUUGAAGUGCUCUGGACUUUUAUUAAAGUAAUAACCUCCUUUCUCAUCACUUUAAUUGGUUACUGCUUGGUGUUUUACGUGUUACUGAAGGCUCAGGUAAGAACUGUACUGGAAAGAUCGAAAGUAACUGUUGACCCCUUCUCUAGAGAUACUGGUAACAGGGAAAACGCCUCACUUCCGAUUGACUAUCGCCUUUGCUUAAGCUCCCUAAUACCGUAACUGCAUGAGGUGCCAAAUGACUAUCUGUCUCCCUUCGAACACUCGUGGAAGAUGUCACGUGUUUUGCAUAGCGCACUUAUGCUUGUUUUCUGGUGCUGGGGCUAUUUCACAUGAUCUGUUUUAACCCUCUUAAUUUUUUUCACUUUGUUAUAAGCCAACUUGACUAAGCUGGCAUGCGCCAUUCGUUUACUUUAACCCUACUGGGUACUAGUCUCACUAUCAUUAAGGGCACGUGCAGAUGUAUUUAGGUCCACCUCAUUCAAAUGCAUUGGUUCCGACGAAGGAAAUAACCGUCGAUUGAAUUAUUCAGUUAAGACAAAUUUAACGUCCCCUGCUGGAGAUAAGAUCGAGAGCAGGCCAUUUUCACGAAGACGACAUAUGACUAGAACUACCAGAAUCUAUUUCUUUUUUUUCUCUCUUAUAAAUUGAUCAAGCCCGCUGAGGGUAAAAAAAGAAAGCCUUUUUUGCACAAGAAAACAACAAACUGAAGCAUUCGGGUAGUUGUAAUACAAUGGCGUCAUCGUGCAAUUGUCCUAUUCAGCGAGUCAUCCGAUCGACGUGAAGGGCCGUCUUCCGUGCUGUUUCAAGACCCAGAGCGAUUGGGAUCGGAGACGAGACCUCCCGCUCUGCAGGCCAGAUUUCUACCAGUUGUAUUGACUGCGAGGGCGUCGCUACCCGUACGGCUGUUCGCACGUACGAAGCUGAACAAAUGUCAACUGAAAAAACUGGGUGGGGUUGACCUGUUAAAUGUGCGCACCUCUGGAACAUUCCUAGCUCCGCCUCUAAAGCGUACUUGGCAUUGGACCCUUUAUACUAGAAUAGAGGUGAUAUCUGACAAAGUAUAUAUACCUUAUUAACGACGAACGAUCUCUUUUGUCACCUUGCAGGGUAAUUUCUCCACCUUUUUGUUUGCCAUGGGAAAAAUCCUUGUCAUGAUGAUUGGCGAACUAGACUAUACUGAUAUUUUGGUGGUCGACUGGUCCAAUGAAGCUACGGUACCAUUGCCUAUGAUCACCAUUGGACUGUUCUUCCUUUUUGUCUUGACAGUCUCUGUUGUACUGGUCAACCUGCUGGUAGGUACAGCGAAACUACUUUUGUCAAGAAGGGCAACACUAAUCGAGACUCUUUGUACCGAUGAUAUUCUUAAGUGACAAUCUGGAUACGGUUCGGGUGUCAACGAGUAUGGGGUAGCGUUGUUAUGACGGGUGACCCGACGAGUGUUCAGACAAUGGAAAAAAAAUAGAAACGCUAAAUAAAUAAAAAAAAUACAUUUGGAAUUCGGCAUGAACAAUUUGUUUGUUCGUUUCUUUGUUUUUUUCUUGUUUUAAGUUUAAGUACAAUCCUUCUUGUGACGAGUUUUAGUCACGUCCCCGUCACCCCAUCUUUUUUUUGAAUCGCAUAAAUCUUGAUCCCAUUUUGGCAGUUUUCUGGCAAGUGGCGAAUAUCCAAAUCGCGGAUUUCAAAUUGUCCUUUUUAAAUUUAUGAAACAGUUUCCAGUUCGUGUGAGGUCGCAACAAGUGAUAUAACUGAGCUGAGACAACGUUGAUCUGCAUCGAAAUCUUCAAGUUUCAACGCUUCCAUUUCUGUAUGAUAUCAGGGCAAACAUCUUAACAGCACUCACAAAAAUCUGGUUAAACGUCAAAACUGGAUAACAUCUGCUUACUUGGAAUUACGAAACCAACAGCCUUUUUGGUUUGAAAGCAGACGGAGUGUUACAGUAUUUUUAAAGUACAAAGAGUUCUGAGACUAGGGUACUUUAGUUUGUAGUCUUUGUUAGAAAACGUCCAAGAAUAGAGCCCUGCGGUACUCCGUGCAUGAUUUGAAGUGGGCUUGAUAGCUUGUCUCUAAUGUGCAUACAUUUUGUAUUGUAAGAAGCCCAAUAGAAGUUCACUUAAGUACGUAUUACUAUCAUUAUCGCCAUGGAAAUUAUUGAAUUUUGUUUCAUGUUUUGUAGGUUGGUUUGGCAGUUGGAGACAUAGAUUCAAUAAAAAGGACAGCAUCUUUACGAUCUUUAAUAGAUCAAACGUUGAUUGUGGAGAAGCUUCUAAAAUACUACCCGAGGUUUGUUCUCCGACAUGCACAUGACAGCGACAUGGAAAUAAAGCCAAACCGUAAUACUAUGGUUAAAAGGUGAGAAUGCAGUAAAUUUGUCUACUGCGUAAUGGUAUCUACAUAGACAGCUGUUUUUUGGGCUUUCAGUACUAUCCAACUUUACAAAACUUGAAAUGUUCAUCAAUCCUUGUUUUAUCCUCGAAAUCAAUUCAACCACCAUCCAUUGUAAAAGGAGGAAAGGUUGUUGGACCUUUUCAUGUAAAUAUAGCCAGACAGACCCACUACAGCGAAAGGGUAAAUAUGCAAAUACGUUUGUCUAGUACUUCUGAUUAUACAUCUACAAAGACAUCACGUUUUCUUUGUCAUGUAGUGUUAUUCAACUUUACAAAUUUUAAAUGCACAAAUCGACGUUACUUUCUCAAACUCAAUACUCCCACCAGGGAAUGUGUGAUAGAUUUUAUUCGAAACCAAUAGAUCUCUUACAGUAACGGACUUCUAUUCCAUUACACUUGCCAAAAAACGAUCGGGUUCCACAAAGGUAACGGGCUUCUAAACCGAUACACGUGCCUUCAACAAAAUUACAAUUCUCUAAAUCGAAAAACUACUCCGUUCAAAGUGUCACAUGAUCACGUGUUCGAAACGUGAUCGGCUACAUCUAAGGUCAAAAAAUGUCACGCGCGAAAAGUAACACAAAACUCCGUGACACACUCCCCCCUUGACCAGUCGAAUCACUGGUCAACUAGUCUCCGAAUAUAAUCAGCAUUCCGAGCGGCAAGACGCCUGGGUGGCCUGAUGCCAUCAAUUAUCUGCUCCUCCCGAGGUUGUUCAUCAUUAGUCACGAUAGGUAUCUCCAGGGGAAACAGCCUUUGCACUGGCCUCUUCAUAGUAACAGGUCUACCACUCUUACUGAUAACCUUGACUACAGCUGCUCUAACGCGAUCGUCCGCACCAUGGAUCAACUGCUCCACUCGUCCAAGUUUCCACUGACUACGGGGCAGAUUGUCUUCGAAAACGGUAACAACAUCUCCCUCAGAUACAGCAAUACUGGAUCUAGGCCUGGAUUUCUGCCGAUGCAGGUUCCUUAACUCUGUAACAUAUUCUCUGCUCCAGCGCCUCCAGAAGUGUUCCAGUAACAAUCCCAAGUACUUCCGUCUUCUUGGGAGAUCUUCCGACGACACUGUAUGGUCAAGUGAGGCUUGUCGAUUUCCUGUUACCUCCGGCAGUGAUAAUAUUCGUCUUCCAUACAUCAAGUGACUUGGUGUCAAUGGUUCUUCAGGAUCAUCUGACGAUACGUAAGUCAAGGGUCUAGAGUUGAGAGUUCCCUCAACCUCGACGAGAACAGUGUGCAAUUCGUCAUAGUUUAACUUAGCGUUCCUAAGUGUCUUCCGCAAACAUCUCUUUGUAUUCUGAAUCAAUCGCUCAAAAAAGCCACCCCACCAGGGCGCUCUGUCCACAUUAAAUCUCCAGUCAAUUCUUUUACUGGCCAGGAAUUUCUUGACUCUUGGGUAAGAAAAUAACUUGCUCAAAAUUUUAUCUGCAGCCUUAAACGUUUUGGCAUUGUCCGAGAUAAUCAGUUCUGGUAAACCUCUUCUAGCUGCGAAUCUCCUCAGGCAACGGAUGAAUACAUCAACCGACAGGUCCGUAGCAAGCUCUAAAUGUACUGCUCUCACAGAACAGCAAGUAAACAGGAGAACAUAGACCUUCUGUAACGCAGACUGUCCUGACACCUUAAUGUACAAAGGUCCAGCAUAAUCUACUCCGACAUAAGUAAAGGCAGGUUUCUGGCUCAAUCUAAACUCGGGUAGGUCACUUUGAGGAGGCACUCUGUAACUCUGCCCUUCAUAUCUGCGACAAACUGUACAGCUAGCCAGUGUUCUUUUAACAAACUGUCGUCCCUUGACAAUCCAAAAUCUGGUUCUCAGCUGGGCUAGCGUAGCUUCUACCCUAUUGUGAUGCACCCUUUCAUGAGCAUCUCUCACCAACAGAGUUGAAAGAUAAUGAUUCUUUGGUAGUAAGGCUGGGAACUUCGUCUCAUGUGGUACAUCAGCAUUAGCAACUCUCCCCUUACAUCUUAGGACUCCACUACUGUCUUCGUACAAACCAAAGUCUCGCUCUAACUGGCUGUAAUUUGCUUGGGACUUCAAUUCUUUCUGGACACUUCUUAACCACUUCACUUCUGCAUUUCCAAGUUCUUCUGCAGUAACCUCUCCCAAGUAAACAGUUCCUUCCUUUAGCAACUUGGCCUUGAUUUUCAAAUUUUUCACAAAGCGCAACACCAAAGCUGUAAUACGAAACAACUUGUUACAGGAGCUAAAAUCUGUGAUCGGAAUAAUAGUGUCCAUAUUGGGUAUUCCAUUUGUAGUUAACAAUACCGCUUCACCAACUGCUUCGAUAGCUUGGCCUUUCUUCAUCUCUACGCAACACUCUUCAGCAAUUGUUUCUGAACAUUCCUCAGAACUGGGCCAGUUUCUCAUGGGCUCCGACAGCCACGAUGGUCCCUUCCACCACAACACAUUACUCUUUAACUUAGCCGCACCUUCUCCACGAGAUCCUAUGUCCGCUGGGUUCUCAAUGCCAGGACAAUGGUUCCACAUGCUCUCUUCGGUCAAAGACAAGAUUUCAUUCACACGAUUUUGCACAAACUGCUUCCACUCCUUCGAACCCUUUAUCCAGCAGAUUGCAGUCUUGCUGUCUAACCACAAGUGUGUCUUGUCAAUUGUAAUCUGUGACGCCAAGGCUUCUUUAACUGAGGACACCAAUCUUGCUAAGAUGACCCCAGACAGUAAUUCGAGUCUAGGGAUAGACUGCCUUGUCAGCGGUGCCACUCUGGUUUUGGAUGACAACAAAACUGGAAAAAAAUCACCACUCACUUCAAGAACCAAGUAAACAACAGCACAAUAAGCCUUUUCUGAAGCGUCCCCAAACCCAUGAAUAACAUACGACGUAACACCUUCCUCUAAUCCAGCAUACACACACCUUGGUACUAACACUUGCUGCACCUCUCUCAAGUCCUGAAGCCACCUGUUCCACUGCUUCCGGGCAGACUCCGGGAGUGGCGCAUCCCAUUCAAACUUCUCCUGGCAAAGAGACUGAAACAAAAUCUUCAUUUCCACCAGUAUUGGACUGAGUACUCCAAGGGGGUCAAAGAAACUUGAAGUAACCUUUAACAAGUUUCUCCUGGUCGGCUCCAAGUCUUCUGAAAGUCUCAGUAAGGCUUCAAAUUUAAAAAUGAACUCAUCAGUAACACAGUUCCAAUUGACACCAAGUACCUUGUGUUCAUCCUUCAUAUCAAGCUUCUCCAAAUGAUUGACAGUAGUUUUCGCAUAAGACUCUGUAUCCUCCACUACAGCACAAGUUCCGACAGUUCCAACUUGGUCCUCACAAAUCAAUUCAAGCAAUUUAGGUGAAUUUGAAAUCCACUUUCGCAAGUUAAAUCCACCUUCCAAUAGGCACUUCUUAGACUUCUGAUAAAGCGACAGACACUCCUCAACACCCCUUUCUCCUGUCACCAAAUCAUCCACAUAAAAUGAAUUCAACAAGUUCUGAACCAACCCAGGGUCAGCCUCAUAUUGACUGAUAUGAUACUUCAAAGUGGCAUUCAAAAGAAAAGGGCUAGCAUUGACUCCAAACACCACACGACAAAACCUAUAUAACAUCAAUCCGGGAUUCUCUUCUUCUAAACUGUCCACCCAGAGGAAUCGCAGGACAUCACGAUCUUCUUCAGCAACUCCCACAUUGAGAAAGGCUUUUUCAAUGUCUCCUACAAGUGCAAUUCUUUUCUCUCUAAACCGGAGGAGAACAUUGAAGAUUGUUGGAGUUAAGGCUGGUCCUGAGUAAAGACAUUCGUUAAGACUUGGACUAUCACUGCUGGGCCUUGACGACGCAUCAAAAACAACACGAAGUUUGGUUGUAAGGGCAUCCCGGCGUACCACCCCAUGAUGCGGUAAAUAAUGCACCCUUCCAACAUCAGGACGCUUGGCACAGUCUACUUGCUCAAUUAUACCACUCUGCAACUGAUCUUGUAUGAUGGAGUCAUAUUCUUUCAAGAUCUCUGGAUCCUUUCUAAGACGUUUAAGCUGCGUGCUCAAUCUUGCUACACAGUUCUCAAAAUUAUCUGGCAACAGCCCAUGUUGCUCCUUCCAAGGUAGAUGGACCAAAUACUUGCCAUCUUCAAAACUCAAAUUCUUUUCAAAGGCUUCAAGAACAGUAUCCUUAUCUCGAAUGCCGACAGAAUCCAGAUCCCACAAUCUAUCCAAAUCCCCUUGCAGCGUAUCAUCAACAACCCUUGACUCCGUCCUCAACACGUGAGUCGACGAAAACUGAAUACUUGAAAGUUUCUCCCUCGGGAGAUUUUCCACCGGACCCGACAACACCCAUCCAAACUUGGUAGAAACAGCCACAGGUCCACCCUGACCUGACUCCUCCCCCCUUACUGACUUGCCAUCAAAGAAAUCCCAGAUAUAAUCUGAACCAAUCAACAAAUCAAUCUGCAUUGUAUUGCUGGCAGGGCACACAUCAGCAAAUUCAAUGUUUUUUAAGCUGGGAUAUCUUUCUUUAACCCAUUCCAAAUCUUGACCUUGUAAAUCAUUACAAAUGUGAGGGACUGCAAAUGCAUUCAAUGUUGUUUUAAAGUCUGUUCCUGAUUUGGUUAAAGAAAGUUCGACCAGGUUGACAGCUUCCAGCUCUUGGUUCUGAUCCCCAAAUGUUGCAAUUUUCAGUCUCUCUGUCCUGACAGUUUUCAAUUUCAAGGUAUUUACUACCUUUUGGUUGAUAUACGAUCGCUGGGCUCCAGUAUCAAAAAUUGCACGUACAGUGAGACUAUGAGAGAGUUCCUUCCCCGGGAUUGAGACAUUUACUUGAACAGUUUGUAAGAAAACAUGCAUCCCAGAACCAAUAUGCAAUGCAGGUGAGGCUGUUGCCCCCGCAGGAAUAUUACUGCUGUCUGCCAUACCACUAUUACAAACUGCCAAAUGGUGACGACCACUACACUUGAAGCACUGAAUUUUGGUGUCACAGUUACGGGCUAGGUGCCCCCCACGGCGCAGGCAAUUGAAACACCUCCCUUGUUUCUUCAAAAUUUCUCUUCUUUCAUCAAUAUUUGUUACAACUUGGCACUCAGACGCUCGGUGAUUUCCUUUGCAAAACAAACAGUUUAACUCCCCACGAUUUCCGCUCAACAAUACACUCGCAGUUGAUUCAUUGCCAGGGUUAAACGAAUUCUUUAAUGGGGAUUUUUUCUCCACAGAUGUAUUCAUAUCACACCUUUCACGGGCCUCCACUUCAUUUUUGACAGCUUUUAUCACAGAAGUUAGCUCCCAGUUAUCCUUAUGUUCCCUGCUGACAAUCAAUCGCAAUUCUUCGGGCAACUUCUCCAUGAAUAUAGGAAUCAAAAGAGCUCCAUAGCAGAAUCAAUUCCCAGUGCUUGUAAACCUCUAACCUGAAUUUCCAAAUUAUCGAGAACAGCUCGGAUUCCCUUAACGUUAGACAUGGCAUUCACAGGCUGUAAUUUGAGUAAGGCCUCCAUGUGAGAGCUAAUAAUUAUCUGCUUGUUUCCAAAUCUAUCGGUUAAGAUUUCAAUAGCCUCCUUAUAGUUCAGUUCAGUUAAUGGUAAUCCAGUGAUAGAAUUUAGAGCUGGGCCAUCUAAUAGACUUCGCAGAUAAUUAAACUUGUCAACAACGUCUGCACCGCAGACGAGAACGAAUCCCAAAAUGUUUGCCAGUUUUUUGGGUCGCCAGCAAAUCUUUUUAUGUGUAGUUUUGGUAGCUUCGCACCGUUACUAGAACUAGAUGGAACAGACCCACCUUGACUUCCUUGAGGCGAUUCUUGUUUGCCAUGAGAAUUUUCACAUUUCUGUAACUUGAUAAGGGCGCCAUGAAUUCGCGCGCGAAACUCUUCAGAUUCCUCUAUCUCCGGUUCUAAAUUUCCUUCGUCGAUUAAGGCCAAAAUCGAUUCGUCGAAGGCCUUUAAGGUCGCUAAUUUUUCAUUGAGCGUAAUAGUUAUCCGUUUUAUCUUGUCUUUAGUGGUAUCAGACCCAUCGUAAUCCAUGAGAAGUUCAUCGACUGAUGAAAGAAUUUUCCUUGCGUGUAAGCGAUGCGCCGCACGUAUUUUCAGGUUCUUCGCUAGUUUUCCAGGCAUAAUUUAGGCUAGUUCUGACUCCAAAUCCGGCUCGAAGGACCAAAUGUGAUAGAUUUUAUUCCAAACCAAUAGAUCUCUUACAGUAACGGGCUUCUAUUCCAUUACACUUGCCAAAAAACGAUAGGGUUCCACAAAGGUAAAGGGCUUCUAAACCGAUACACGUGCCUUCAACAAAAUUACAAUUCUCUAAAUCGAAAAACUACUCCGUUCAAAGUGUCACAUGAUCACGUGUUCGAAACGUGAUCCGCUACAUCUAAGGUCAAAAAAUGUCACGCGCGAAAAGUAACACAAAACUCCGUGACAGAAUGUAAAAUAAAGAGGAGCUGUUGAAACUUUUGGUAUUGCCAAAGGAUGCAUUUUUGUUUUGACCUAAAGCAAAGUUAGACUGUUCACAGUCCCCAAUUUUUCCGUGAGAUCGUCGAGAUCAAGCGCUCACCGUCACUGGUAGCCAUUUUGUAAUUGGUUUCAAAUGUACCGAGGGGAGGGCGUCGGGUUUUAUAGCGGUGGAGAAGUGAGGGGAGCAAAAUAAAAUUCUCUCCUCCUCCCAAAUCAUCCCCUCCUCCCUAAUUAGUUGAAAUAGUCAUAAGCUUGACUCCGUCAAAAUGGCCGCCUUUAGCAUUAAUCGCUCUGGACGAUCUUACAGGAAAAUAGGGCGGUGCUAACAGUCUAAAGCAAAUUAAUAUGUGAUAUCUGAUAAUCACUAAAAUCGAUUUUCACCAGCGAAGGUCCCGUGGUUGUCCGUCUAAUACAGGUUUCACUGCAUUCUAAAAAACAACAACAAUAACAACAACAACAACAACACAUAACCGGUAGUUUAGAAACAACUUUUCUGUUCCCCUGUUAACAGUUUUACUGUACACCACUAAUACUUUGUCGAAUUUAGCCUGAUCACGAUCAGCGGCACUUUGAGCAUAGCUUUGAACAAAAAUUAAAAAUUAGUUAUUGAUGUAGAGCUUUACAAUAAUGCUUCUUUUAAUCCCAAAGGAUUGUUCUGGCUGGCAAUGAUCUUUCAGAUAGAGAUUUUAUGGAAAAGCUUCUCAAUUACAGAACUGGAGAAAGCGGUCCAGGAGACGAACUUCGCGGAACUUUCGAGAAAUUGAGACAAGAAACGCAAGAGGAAGCCAUCCUUAAACUACAAGCCACAGUAGAAGCACAAUGCGAAAUUCUCAAGGCGAUUGCCGAUAGGUUAAAAAUUACUGACUAGGAUUAAAUUUUAAAUUGAUCAAGAAGCUUGAUCUUUUCACACAACAAUACGCGGGUCUUACAUAAACAUAUCUGGAGUUUCUAUUUCAUCGUCAUCGAGUUCUCACUCUUAAAAGAGAGAAAUGUCAAGAGUGAAACUUGAGAUAGAAAUCCACCAAUCAUGAUUGAGGUUCGAAAUACACUAGUCACAAGUAAUCACAGCUCGUUUAAAGUCCUGCACAGCACGUCGACAGCAUAGCCUGAAAAAAUGAACCAGGGGAGCAUUCAACACUUUGCGAUCAAUAACAAAGUGAGCAACGCGCGGAGAGAAA